GGAUAAUGAAGGAGACGCGCUGAUGGUGAGCUUAUAAAAGGAAGGUAAGGAGUCUCACCGCUCACAGCGAAUCCAGGCAGCCGAGGCUGACUUUAGCUCCCCCACCUGGCCGGCAAUUAAGUUCUAGAGGCGAUUAACAAUGAUCGUAUUUGCUGUUUGCAUCACGCUGCUGCAAGCGGCUUUUACUUGCGGGGGUCUGGUGAUCACAGACGUUUCUCCAGAAAACGCCAACGUCCAGCAGCUUAUUGUGAAUGUGCACAAUGACUUCAGGAGAGCAGUGCAGCCACCUGCGACCAACAUGCUGAAAAUGUCCUGGAAUGCACAGCUGGCCACGAACGCUCAAAAUUGGAUUAACAACUGCGUGUUGACUCAUGGGCCUCCUAGUAGCCGGGAGAUUGACGGGUACCAGUGCGGUGAGAACUUAUUCAAGUCUAAUGCUGUAUAUAACUGGACUUCUGUUGUUGGGGCCUGGCACAAUGAAGUCAAAAACUACAAGUAUCCCAGUGGAUCCGUGAACGGAAACCCGAUUGGCCAUUACACACAGGUGGUGUGGUAUGGCUCUUAUGAGGUAGGGUGUGGGGUCACCUUCUGCGACAAAUUAGAGACGUACUUCUACGGCUGCCACUACUUCCGAGCUGGGAACUUCAAAGGAGUUGCUCCGUAUACUAAUGGAACCUCUUGUGCUGACUGCCCAGACAGCUGUGAUGACAAACUGUGCACUGACCCAUGUCCAUACAUUGACAAAUACAGAAAUUGCCCAAACCUGGCAAAGCAACAUGGAUGUGACACGUCCUGGAUGAUGACAUACUGCCCCAGCUCAUGCCAGUGCCAGACAAAAAUCCGGCCAAUUGCAAAGAAGUGACUCGCUUCGUGCAAAUGUCCCAGAAAUAAGUAACUUCAAACUGACACAUUUCUAUUUGCUUGUUAAUCGGCAUUUACACUGAAGGAGGUACUCGCUAUUUAAAAUAUAAAUGUUUGACUAGUUAACGAAAAACAUGUUGAUUGCUAGUCAGGAUGAUAUAAAGAAAGGAGGAAUAGUUUACUUGGGAUUUCCUGCCUCUUCCUUUCCUCUUUGCUCUCUAGACUCAUCUUUCUGCUUCUGUGUCUCUGCUUGCUGGGGUGACGGUUCACAUUCACCUAAUGUAACUGCUUGCGUCCAUGUAAUAAACAUGCAUUGAAUGACUCAA